AUGGGAUAUUUGGACUUGGCGUUGUCGUAUUCCAACCAGACGCCGACUGUUGAAGCUCCGGCGAGCGGAGGAGGUCUCAGCCAGAAUGGAAAAUUUAGCUAUGGAUAUGCAAGCUCCGCUGGGAAGAGAUCAUCUAUGGAAGACUUUUUUGAAACGAGGAUCGACGGUGUCAAUGGAGAAAUCGUUGGUCUUUUUGGAGUUUUUGAUGGCCAUGGUGGAGCGAGAGCAGCUGAGUAUGUGAAGCGUCAUCUUUUUAGUAAUCUGAUCACACAUCCAAAGUUUAUCUCUGACACCAAAUCAGCUAUAACUGAUGCUUAUAACCAUACAGACUCUGAACUUCUUAAGGCGUCAGAGAAUAGUCACAAUAGAGAUGCUGGUUCGACUGCUUCUACAGCUAUCCUUGUUGGUGACCGUUUACUUGUUGCAAAUGUUGGUGAUUCUAGAGCUGUUAUUAGCAGAGGCGGAAAUGCCAUAGCUGUGUCAAGGGACCAUAAACCUGACCAAAGUGAUGAGCGUGAAAGGAUUGAGAAUGCUGGUGGAUUUGUCAUGUGGGCAGGAACUUGGAGGGUUGGAGGAGUUCUUGCAGUUUCUCGUGCAUUUGGUGAUCGGCUUCUGAAGCAAUAUGUUGUUGCUGAUCCAGAAAUCCAGGAAGAAAAGAUUGACGAAUCUCUUGAGUUUCUGAUCUUAGCAAGUGAUGGAUUAUGGGAUGUAGUCUCUAACGAGGAAGCAGUUGCAAUGGUUAAGGAGGUUGAAGGUUCAGAGGAUUCAGCGAAGAAACUUGUGGGAGAAGCAAUUAAGAGAGGAAGUGCUGACAACAUCACAUGUGUUGUCGUUCGUUUCUUGGAGAAAGCUUCAUCAAGCCACGUCAGCUCCUCAUCAUCCAAGGAAUCCAAUCAGAUGCCGCCACUUGGAGACCUCAAAAUCUCAUCCAAUGAAACUAACCAAGUCCAGAUCGACUCAGAGAACACCAGCACAGGAAAUAAACCAGAGAAUCGAAAACCGGUCGCUGCAAGCAGCUUAACCGAGCAAGUGAACCGAAAACCGGUCUCUGCGAGUAGCUCAACCGAUGCAGACCAGAGCGGCUCAGGCGGUGAAAUGAAGCAAACGCCAUUCUGA